UGGGUGCUAAAAGAUUCCGUCUAGUGAGUUCCAUUCUGAAUAACCGAAUGUAUGUUGCUAGGCCAACGUACGUUAUAUCGAAAUGUCUAAUCAGUUUUGAUUCAGUAUAUCUGACACUGUAUUGUGUCACUUAAACUAUGUCUAUCCAAAAUUCCGAUGGAGAGGAAAAGGCUGGAUUUUUCAUCGCGUCUAAUAUAGAAAGCGAAUGGGGUGAAGACAAUGUAGACCACCAGUCACUUCUUUUGCAAAGAGCUGAUGCACUAGCUUCAGAAAAUCGUCUUAAAGAAGCCAUUGAUGUGUUUUCAAUGGCUUUGAGAUAUGGAAGUGUCAGACCCGAAAAACUAAGCACUUUACUGGACUGCGUACUGCGGAACUUCAAAAAGAAUGUUGGAGGGGAACUGGCUGCACAGCCGAUCGUCACUGCAAGGAACAGUGUGGGUAACACCGCUGAUGUGUUCAGUUGUCCUGGUUGUGCCUGGUUCCUUGGCGAACCAGUGACAGUUGGCUGCGGACAUUCCUGUUGCAAACGAUGUUUACAACGACACAUGUUCUCUAAAUGCAAGCUUUGCGGUGAGGAUGUUAUGAAUGUGUCCGGAGCGCUGAGACCGAACGUGGUCCUCUGUAGCAUAUUAGAGAAGUGGUUUCCAAAUGAGAUCAAGAGGUGUAAAGAAAUUGCCGAAAUCGAAGACCUGUCGAGAAGGAAACAAUUUGAAGAGGCUGUGUCGCUAGCCAAUAAUGUGGUCAAAUCAGAUCCUGGUGAUGUUUUGGCACGGAUAUGCCGGGCUGAAGCCCUAGCUGGACUGGGACAGUACAAGCGUGCACUCGGUGACCUGGAGCCACUGUGGCUGAGCUCAGCUAAAUGGGCAGAGGGUUACUUUAGGAAGGCCAUGAUCCUGCAGGAGAUGGGCCAGGUCGAGGAGUCCCUGAACAUGCUUCUGCACUGCCUGGCACUGGACCAGCACUUCACGCUCGCAAAGAAGGAACUGGAAAAGAGGCUUCACCAGCUGCUGUCUCCUGGCCUGGAGAAUGUCAAGGUGGGCCUCCGGGAGACGGUCCAGAGCUCCUCCGCCCAUCUGUGGAGUAAAACGGUGGCGGGGGAGGAGCAGGAGGACGUCCAGGCUGAAGAGAAUGGCGAGGGGGGCCCAUCGGAGAGCGUGGGGAGGCGGAGCCUGAGCCGCGCCCACUCGCUCCGCGCCCGUAGAGGCCCCACGGGGGCGGCGGGGGAGGAGGGGCUGAAGAGGGUGAGCUCGGCCCCGCAGCUGGGGGACCAGGAGAAGUCCGCGCUGCUGAAGAGGAAGCUCUCCGUGUGUGAGGCGGGCCCCUCCUUCAUCCACAGCCUGGGGAACAAACACAAGAAGCAAGGAGGCACAGAAACUGCGGGAGCUGCCAGCUGUACCAGCAUGCCCUGCAGGACUGUUCCUCUGGAGUUACUGCAGGCCAGUGACUGUGAGUGCUCUCUCUGCAUGAGGUUAUUCUAUGAGCCUGUGACCACGCCCUGUGGACACACCUUCUGCAAAAGCUGCCUGGAGCGCUGUCUUGACCACGCCCCCCAGUGUCCCCUCUGCAAAGAAAACCUUAAAACGUACCUAGCAUCUAGGAAGUACAACAUCACUGCAGCUCUGGAGGAGGUGAUAAAGCAGUACUUGUGCAAGGAGCACAUGGAGAGGAAGAGGAGUCAGACGGAGGAGACAAAGGAACUCUCAGACCUGAUGAAGAACGUCCCCAUCUUCGUGUGCACUAUGGCGUACCCCACCGUGCCUUGCCCCCUGCACGUCUUCGAACCCCGAUACCGGCUCAUGAUCCGCAGAUGCAUGGAGACGGGAACUAGGCAGUUUGGGAUGUGCAUCCAUGACCCACGGAAAGGGUUUGCUGAUUACGGCUGCAUGCUGCUGAUCCGGAGCGUGCAUUUCCUGCCGGACGGUCGCUCUGUGGUGGACACGGUUGGUGGGAAGCGGUUCUGUGUUCUGGAGCGCGGUAUGAAGGAUGGGUACUGCAUCGCCAACCUCCAGCACCUGGAGGACGUGCGGGUGAGUGACGGGGAGGAGCUGUCCAAGCUCCAGGAGCUGCACGACCAGGUGUACGGUCAGGCGCGCGCCUGGUUUCACAACCUGAAGAACCGCUUCCGGGGCCAGAUCCUGCAGCACUUCGGGCCCAUGCCGGAGAAAGAAGCCGACAUCCAGGCCACUCCAGAUGGGCCAGCGUGCUGCUGGUGGCUCUUGGCGGUCCUGCCUGUUGACCCUCGGUACCAGCUGUACGUGCUCUCCUCCACGUCCCUUCGGGAAAGGCUUCUGAAGAUCCAGCACAUUCUCACCAUCUGCAGAGCAUCCCCAACCGACUCAUGACCCGCCCCGCCAGGCAUUCCCCCGCCCACAGCCACCCAUGCUCCGCCCCCACAGCCAUUCCCCCGCCCACAGCCACCCAUGCUCCGCCAGCCCCCCCCCCCCCAUCUACAACCAUACACAGGCCCCUCCCUCUUAGGCCCUUUGUACCUGUGAACAGUUACAUAAUAUUCCCAAGUCGUUCACCAUGGCUUUAGGGAUUAAAAAUGUCCAUAAACACACUCAGCUUUGCAGACUUCUCCUUCCAAGCAUUUAAAAUGCCCAAUUUCUGAAUUAGGUGCUACAUUUGCAUUUACUCCUUAAUAAGGUUAUAUUAAGGAGAAGACAAGGGCACACAAAAAAAUGGACCAGAACGUAUUUAUUGACUGUAUGCGUUUUUGGAUUAUGAGAGCUGACGAAUGUAAAGCUGUAUUAUACAGUAUAGAGCAGAGAUUCUAUGGCAGGGCUUGUUGGUAGGGCCUGUAGCUUCCAGAUAAGUGAGUCUGCCCAUGGCCUCUGCUACGAGGUGGGGGGGGGGGUGGAUAUCUGCAAGCAGAAAUUAAAUCCAGAAUGCUGGAAAUUUGGGGCAAUUCCCUGCAGCUCUGAGCAACUUUUACUCGCCAGGAAAAAAAGGAAAAGGCCUGUCUGCUACUUCCAUGUCGAUGUGCAAACACCCGGCCUCAAUGUGACAGCACAUGAUUCUGCAGAAACAGACGCAGGCACAAAGCUUCACGCAGAUGUUCUCUCCAGACAUCGAAGGAAAAAGGGCAGCAUGGCCAGACGUCAGUUCUGUCUCGCACAGGCAGACAGUUAUAGCACUUUUCAACAACCGGCAACUGGUUUCCCAUUGGGUGUGGAAUUUUCUUUUUUUUUGUUGCAGUGCCAGUGAUGCUAACUCAAUCGUAUUUCUUCCAAAAAGCUAGAUGUACCCAUUGAAUGCACUACAGUUUAUCGUGUAAACUCAAUUUCAUUACCGAAAGCUUAAAAAUUCACUGGAUAAAGUGCCCCAACAACAGCACAUGUUUUGGAGAGAGUCUUUAUGCUAUGGUUCUCUGGUGCGUGUGCGCAGAUAGUUUUUUUUCCCUCAUGCACAUGGUUACUUAAUGCACUACAAUCAGCCAAAUAAUUAUCAGAUCAUCUCAAGUGUCAGCCUCUUGAAGAAUCAGUAUAAUUGCAUCACACAAUGGCUUUGUUGUAUGUGAAUCAUUUGUCAUGUUUUUGUUCACAGAUUUAUGCUUUUUGCUAUAAUAUUUAAGUUAUCAGUUUUCAGUAAUAAAAAUACUUUGUUUUUGCGAACA